UUUUUUUAAACAGCUGGAGGAGCUUUUCUUCCUAGCAGGGGCUCUGUCGUGAACAACAGUGACAAGUCACCUGACAGGUAUUAACCAAGCCCUUGUGAAACCUGUGCUUGUUGCAGCCGUAGUUAUUCUGCUAGAUCCUUCAUUCAAGUGAAGACAGGAAUUUUUUCUUCCAAUGCUGUUACAUAGAUAUGUUUAGCUCAGUAGUGAUUUGUGACUAAAUUAAAAAGCAAAACAAAAAUUCAAGAAAUCUUUUAAGGUCUAAGGAGUUGCAAUCCUACAAGGCAGUUAAGUGGCAUCUGCUUCUUUCCAGGACAGACCUCUGUGUUUGGAGCAGAGCAUGCGUUGCAUUAUCCUUGGGCGUAUUUUUGGGAUAGGGGACUGUGCUAAUAUAGCUGUAUCAAUAAUGUUUACAUAAUGAUAAUUUUUAGAAAGAAGGAAUGAUUCCCCAGCCCUUAACUUAAACUGGCAAUAGAUUUUUCUCUUUGAUUGUUUUUGUUACUGGAAAAGUUGCAUAUAGUGUGAGAAUUUUUCCAUAUUUUAACCUUUGAGCUGGCUGUUCAGGUCUCCCUGGGGACAAGGACACUUCGCAGUUAUUUAUAACCUGUAAAGAGGGACAGUAAGUUAGGCUGUAAACAGCCAACACACACCGAAGCUUGGGAGUCAGUGGGCGCCUUCUGUUCGUUAUCCCACUGCUUUCAGCGGCUUGAGGUUCUUUUAUGUACCUUCUUGUUCAUCUUCAGCUUGACUUUGUCUGGAUGAACCUUAAUUAGCCAGGCUAUUUCUAUAAACCUCUAUCUUAUAACGCUUAGAAUGAGGAGAAAUAUUCAAAAGCAUAUCUAAUCCUCACAAUCUUUUCAGAUUCUGUGCCUGCCUAAGAGAUAUCUAUAAACUGGAAAAAUUAUAAAGGUACUGACAUGUCACACGUAAUGCUAUACGUGUUUCUGAAUUUUCCUUAUAUACAAGAGCAGUUCAACUCUUAAUUAGAUACAUAUGUGGCUAUGUUAGAACUAAGGUCUACUUCAAGCUGCAUCUUAGCUUGGUACAGAAAAAACUUAGUUAUGUGUCUAGACAGGUUUAUAAGAUGUGUCUGCAUAUACAGACAUUUACAGAUGUAUGUAUUUAAUGUUAAUUAUCUUUUCUCCACGUCAAUUUUAAGAGAAUCACACCCAGUGUCAGAUAUGAAAAUUAUAAGUCAAAUCUAAGUAAAUGAUAAGGUUUUACCUCAGUUUCAUCAGUAUAUUGAAAUUUUAUUGUGUAGAAUUUAACUUGAAAUAACUUAGAGGUCUAGCCAGAGUGCUGGACAUUUUGAGUCCUAACAGCUGCUAUAACGGUACUUUCUAUAACCAGGGGUGGCAUAUACUUUUUCUGGGAAAUAUGCUUAUAUUACCGUUGUCUUGUGGCUUCAAUGGAGCCCUGCUGGUGCAGUAGUUAAAGCAUUUGACUGCUAACACAAAGGUCAGCAGUUCGAAACCUCCAGUGGCUCCAUGGGAGAAAGAUGUGGCAGGUGGCUUCUGUAGAGAUUUACAGCCUUGCAAACCCUGUGGGGUCUCUGAGUCAGAAUCGACUCAACGGCAGUGGUUUUGGUUUGUGGGUUCAGAAACUUCCCCAUUAUCCCUUCAGGUUUCCCUUUUCUUCCAAGUUCUCCUGGAUUUCUUUCUUUUUUUUUUAAUUGAAAAAGGUGUAAAUAAACAUAAGAACUGCACAUACCCUUUGAUCUAGUAAUUCGACUUCUAGAGUCCCCAACAGCUAAAUGAAUUCUUCAAAAUUGGAGUGAAAUGAACUGAUAGUUUUCUUUUUUACUUUUUAAAAUUGUUUUAAAAGUAAGUUUCGAUUACUUUAGUAUUAUUCACUCAGCAACCACCACACUUUAUUAGACUUCAUUAAGGAAAAACAUGAUCCCCGAAGAGAAAGUGUAGUUAUUCAACACUAGUUUCACUGAGCAGGUUAUUUACUGAGUACCUCUUAUAAUACCAUUUCAGGCACAGGAGGACACUCUUCUUUUAUUGAGGUUAACUUCUUCUGGAAAAAACAAUAAACAAGUAAAAAAACAAAACAAGAUUAUUUUACAUAGUGGCAAUAAAAAAGAAAGGAAAAUAUGGUAAUAUGAUGAGAGGGACAGGCUAGCAGUGGGGGCUACCUAAGAUGGGUGGUCAGGGAAGAUCUCUCUAAAGAUAUUACUUCUGAUUCGAUCCCAUGUGUGUCAGUGUAGAACUGUGCUCCAUAGGGUUUUCAAUGGCUGAUUUUUCAGAAGUAGGUAGCCAGGCCUUUCUUCCAAGUUACCUCCAACCUUAACCUACAACCUUUCAGUUAGUAGCUGAGCACAUUAACUGUUUGCACCACCCAGGGGUGAGCUGUUACAUUUCAUAGCUGUUAUCCAGCUAUGAAAAGAUCUGAAGAAAGCAAGAGCGUUCCAGGUUAAGAAAAAGAGCCUGAUGUGUUCAUGGAAUAGAAUUAAAGGCCUGAGUGACUAAAGUGUAGUGAUUCAGAAGGGUUUUAGAUGAAGUCAGAGGUAAGCAGAGACCAUGGCUGUCAUAAUAAGUGUGGGUUUCAUUUGGAUAGCAGUUGGAAGCCACUGAAGAAUUCUCAUCUUGUCUCUCAUAUGGGUCUGAUUUAUAAGCCAUCUCUUGAAAAAAUUAAUUGUAAAGGCUGCUAAUGCAUUUUUUAAAUUUUGUUUUAAUAGGUAAUCACAUGGCUCAAAAUUUUAAAAGUGUAAGAGGGGAUACAGUGGAUUCUCCUUCCUACCCAGGGUGAAGAGAAAACAGAGAUCUUUGCCCCCUGACUUUGGCAAUCUCGUGUAACCUUCAAACUGGCGAUGUCAAGGGUUCCAAGUCCUCCACCUCCGGCAGAAAUGUCGAGUGGCCCUGUAGCUGAGAGCUGGUGCUACACACAGAUCAAGGUAGUGAAAUUCUCCUACAUGUGGACCAUCAAUAACUUUAGCUUUUGCCGGGAGGAAAUGGGUGAAGUCAUUAAAAGUUCAACCUUUUCAUCAGGAGCCAAUGAUAAACUGAAAUGGUGUUUGCGAGUAAACCCAAAAGGGCUAGAUGAAGAAAGCAAAGAUUACCUGUCACUUUACCUGUUACUGGUCAGCUGUCCAAAGAGUGAAGUUCGGGCAAAAUUCAAAUUCUCCAUCCUGAAUGCCAAGGGAGAAGAAACCAAAGCUAUGGAGAGUCAACGGGCAUACAGAUUUGUGCAAGGCAAGGACUGGGGAUUUAAAAAAUUCAUCCGUAGAGAUUUUCUCCUGGAUGAGGCCAACGGGCUUCUCCCUGAUGACAAGCUUACCCUCUUCUGUGAGGUGAGUGUGGUACAAGACUCUGUCAACAUUUCUGGCCAGAAUACCAUGAAUAUGGUGAAAGUCCCUGAAUGCCGGUUGGCAGAUGAAUUAGGAGGACUGUGGGAGAAUUCCCGGUUCACAGACUGUUGUUUAUGUGUUGCUGGCCAGGAAUUCCAGGCUCACAAAGCUAUCUUAGCAGCUCGUUCUCCAGUUUUUAGUGCUAUGUUUGAACAUGAAAUGGAGGAGAGCAAAAAGAAUCGAGUUGAAAUCAAUGAUGUGGAACCUGAAGUUUUUAAGGAAAUGAUGUGCUUCAUUUAUACGGGGAAGGCACCAAACCUUGACAAAAUGGCUGAUGAUCUACUGGCAGCUGCUGACAAGUAUGCCCUGGAGCGUUUAAAGGUCAUGUGUGAGGAUGCCCUCUGCAGUAACCUCUCCGUGGAGAAUGCGGCAGAAAUUCUUAUCCUGGCUGACCUCCACAGCGCAGAUCAGUUGAAAACUCAGGCAGUGGAUUUCAUCAACUAUCAUGCUUCGGAUGUCUUGGAGACCUCUGGGUGGAAGUCAAUGGUGGUGUCACAUCCCCACUUGGUAGCUGAGGCAUACCGCUCUCUGGCUUCAGCACAGUGCCCUUUUCUGGGACCGCCACGCAAACGCCUGAAGCAAUCCUAAGAUCCUGCUUGUUGUAAGACUCCGUUUAUUUUCCAGAAGCAGCAGCCACUGUUGCUGCCACUGACCACCAGGUAGACAGCGCAAUCUGUAGAGCUUUUACUCUUGUGGGGGGAAAAGACUGCAUCGUGGCACCAGACUUUUAAAACAGCACUAAAUAACUUGGGGAAGUGGGGGGAGGGAAGGGCCCGGGACUCAGGGCUGCUCAACCUAAUGAAAAACCCUGUUGCUGCGUCACUGUGUUCCCUUUGGCCUGGCCGAGUUUGAUCCUGUUAGGGAUUCAGUGUAGGCGCUGGCCCCGAGGACAUCCCAGCAGUGGUACUUUGGAGAAACCUGUCUGCAUCUGACUGAGCAGAGCAAAUCGUCAGGUGCCUGGAGCAAAAAGGAAAAAAAAAAAAGACAUUUAGUUUUAAGAGAAGAGGGAACAGAAAAGGAAAGAAGAAAGCAUUUUUGCAGAAUUUCUCAAAAAUCAGUUUGUGGAGGAUUCCAGUAGUAUUUAUGUUGAGAGAAACAAAUUUUAGUCCUUCCAGCUGUGCUAAAACUUCGAUAUUUGUGAAAACUCCUCACCACCAUACAACUCUUCCGAAGAGCUCUCUCGUUGUUAGCACUUAGGUUUGCAAGAACCGAACAUACCCUUUUUUCCUUUUAUGAGAAAUGACAAGUGAAGGCAAAAGGGGGAAGGAGGUUAUUUGAUCAGGAAGAUGAGUAUUCUGAUGUGAUGGCUUUUGCAAAAGUCUUUAUUGGUCUUGAAAACUGGAAAAAGUAAUUCAUCCAGAAUUCAUAAACUGUCUUGACACGAACUAUGGUUCUCUGUUUUUAGAUAUUGUGGAAAAUGUUUUUUGGCAUUUUUCUCUGCUUUUAUUUCUCCUCCUUCCCCCCACCCUUUUUUCUAAAAAAACAAAACAAAACAAAACAAAAAACACACCAAACAAGCAAAAAAAGAAGACAAAAGAAAAGGAAAUUUUAUUGUUUAUUAAUGCUGUGUGAAAAAAAUCCCAGCCCAGAUUGCUCAGCUGUUUGUACCUAACUUGCCACCUGCAUAGGAGCCAGUCCUGUUCCUUCUGAUUAGCCCCUCUUCCUACAGGGGAGAACUUCCAAAUGUUAAUUUUUUUCUUUUUGAAAAUAUAAAUAAUUACUAUUUUGUA